CUGUACAAGUUUUAAAAAAUUUAGUCUUCACCAGACUUGCAAUAAAAAAGCUAGCGCCAAAAUUUAAUGUCGGAGAGCUCACAUUUUGCUUUGCUUUGCUGUGCGACACCGACACCAAACACAUCCCACUAGUUUGAUCAUCGUUUGGUUUUAGCAAAUUUUAUUUGUUUUUUAUUGUUUGGUAUGUCUGUGGAGUCGAGCUCUGGUUCAGGCGAUCAUGGUGGACAUAACAUCAAAGGGGUGGUGACCCAUGGCGGGAGAUACAUGCAGUACAAUGUGCACGAAAAUCUGUUUGAGGUUUCGAGGAAAUAUGUUCCUUUUAGGCCUGUUGGCCGUGGAGCUUAUGGCAUCGUCUGCGCUGCUGUGAACUCGGAGACACGCGAAGAGGUGGCCAUUAAGAAGAUUGGCAAUGCAUUUGACAACAUAAUUGAUGCAAGGAGGACGUUACGAGAAAUAAAACUUCUGCUCCACAUGAAUCAUAACAAUGUGAUCGCCAUUAAAGACAUCAUACGCCCUCCUCAAAAAGAGAACUUCAACGAUGUCUACAUCGUCUAUGAACUUAUGGACACUGAUCUUCAUCAGAUUAUCCACUCCAAUCAAACAUUGACUGAUGACCACUGUCCGUAUUUUCUCUACCAAAUACUGCGAGGACUUAAAUAUGUUCAUUCCGCGAAUGUGUUGCACCGUGAUCUGAAACCUAGCAAUUUGCUCCUCAAUGCUAACUGUGAUCUGAAAAUCGGAGAUUUUGGGCUUGCAAGGACCACAUCUGAGACCGAUUUCAUGACCGAGUAUGUGGUUCCUCGCUGGUACCGAGCACCAGAGCUGCUCCUAAAUUGCUCGGAAUACACAGCUGCAAUAGAUAUCUGGUCUGUGGGUUGCAUAUUUGGUGAGAUCAUGACAAGAAAACCCCUGUUUCCUGGCAAAGAUUAUGUCCACCAGUUGAGACUCAUCACACAGCUGGUAGGCUCUCCCGAUGACGCCAACCUCGGUUUCCUUAGAAGUGACAAUGCGCGAAGAUAUGUCAGGCAGCUCCCGCAAUACGUGAAGCAACAAUUCUCCUCCAGAUUCCCCAACACUUCAGCUGGAGCUCUUGAUUUACUAGAAAAAAUGCUCGUUUUCGACCCUAGCAAGCGUAUUACUGCUAAUGAGGCUCUCUGCCAUCCGUAUUUGUUGCCUCUCCGCAACAUCAAUGAGGAGCCAGCCUGCCCGCGCCCUUUCGUCUUUGACUUUGAGCUGCCAUCGUUCACUGAGGAAAACAUCAAAGAGCUCAUCUGGAGGGAGUCUGUGAAAUUCAACCCUGACCCUGCUCACUGAGGAAUGUAAUGGAUUUCUAACAUCUGCAGAAACAUGUGUAUUUCACAACGUAAGUAGUUACCAAAGAGGAGGUGAGUAAUAACUGUAGUGGAUACAUCUACAUAUAUAUAUUGUCUAUUUAAGUACUACUAUCUUUGCAGUUAGUAAAUUUAACCUUAAUGUUUGCACCAUGUUUCUCUGGUAGUAAUUUAUUGAGUGAUAAACAUUUUGUAAAUGCUUUUAAUUUAAGUGCAUCUUUCAUUA